CGGGCCGUCCUUGCUUGUGGCCGUACAACAAGAUGGCGGCCACCUCUUGCCGACCUCUGCACGAAGCCAGGAGGAGGCGCUGCGGCCGUAAAGCAGCACCGCUUUUUCCCGAUACCCAGCUGUCGCAAACCGGAAGCGCUGCCCGCCGGCGAGGGAAGGGGAAGAUGGAUCCCAACAGGAUCAUCCAGGCUCUGAAGGGCACCAUCGACCCCAAGCUGCGUAUCGCCGCCGAGAACGAGCUCAAUCAGUCCUAUAAGAUCAUCAAUUUUGCUCCAAGUCUACUGCAAAUCAUAGUGUCAGAUCAAGUUGAAUUUCCAGUGCGUCAAGCAGCUGCCAUUUACCUGAAGAACAUGGUGACACAGUACUGGCCGGACCGUGAACCACCUCCUGGAGAAGCUGUAUUUCCAUUCAACAUUCAUGAAAAUGAUCGUCAGCAGAUUCGUGAUAACAUUGUAGAAGGAAUAAUUCGUUCUCCUGACUUAGUGAGGGCACAGCUGACAAUGUGCCUCCGUGCUAUCAUCAAACAUGACUUUCCCGGCCAUUGGACGGCUGUGGUGGACAAGAUCGGCUACUACUUGCAGUCUCAGAACAGUGGGAGUUGGCUUGGGAGCCUCCUGUGCCUGUAUCAGCUGGUGAAGACUUACGAAUACAAAAAAGCAGAGGAGCGAGAUCCUCUCAUAGCAGCAAUGCAGAUAUUUUUGCCUCGGAUUCAGCAGCAGAUGAUCCAGCUUCUGCCUGAUAACUCCCAUUACUCUGUAUUGCUUCAGAAACAAAUCUUAAAAAUCUUCUAUGCUCUUGUUCAGUAUGCAUUACCACUCCAGUUGGUCAAUAACCAGACUAUGACUCAGUGGAUGGAGAUCUUCCGUACUAUAAUUGACAGAAAUGUACCUCCGGAGACUUUGCAAAUUGAUGAAGAUGAUAGACCGGAACUGGUGUGGUGGAAAUGCAAGAAGUGGGCAUUGCAUAUUGUAGCUCGUCUUUUUGAACGAUAUGGAAGUCCUGGAAAUGUAACUAAAGAAUACUUUGAAUUCUCAGAGUUUUUCUUAAAAACAUAUGCUGUGGGCAUACAACAGGUUCUCUUAAGAAUCUUAGACCAAUACAGGCAAAAGGAGUAUAUUGCACCGCGUGUUCUUCAGCAAGCAUUAAAUUAUCUGAACCAAGGGGUUAUUCACUCUGUAACAUGGAAGCAAAUGAAGCCACACAUACAGAGUAUAACAGAAGAAGUGAUAUUCUCUCUAAUGUGCUACAAAGAUGAGGAUGAAGAGCUCUGGCAGGAGGAUCCAUAUGAAUAUAUCCGCAUGAAAUUUGAUGUAUUUGAGGACUAUGCAUCCACUACAACAGCAGCGCAGAAUCUCCUUUAUACUGCUGCGAAGAAGAGGAAAGAGGUAUUACCAAAAAUGAUGGCAUAUUGCUACCAGAUUCUGACAGAACCAACCAUUGAUCCCAGAAAAAAGGAUGGGGCUUUGCAUGUCAUAGGAUCCUUAGCAGAUAUUUUACUGAAGAAGAGUGUCUUCAAGGAUCAAAUGGAGCUGAUGUUACAGAAUCAUGUGUUUCCGUUGUUCAUGUCUAACUUGGGGUACCUCAGAGCUAGAUCCUGUUGGGUACUUCAUUCAUUCAGUGCUUUGAAAUUUCACAAUGAGCUAAACUUGAGGAAUGCAGUAGAGUUGGCAAAGAAGAGCCUGAUUGAUGAUAAGGAAAUGCCUGUCAAAGUAGAAGCGGCCAUCGCUCUUCAGACGUUAAUAAGCAACCAAGAGCAAGCCAAGGAAUAUGUGAAGCCUUAUGUAAGGCCAGUUAUGCAAGAGCUCUUGCACAUUGUUAGAGAGACGGAAAACGAUGAUCUUACUAAUGUCAUCCAGAAGAUGAUCUGUGAGUACAGUCAGGAAGUCGCUACCAUCGCCGUCGACAUGACUCAGCACCUGGCUGAAAUAUUUGGUAAAGUUCUUCAGAGUGAGGAAUAUGAGGAAGUAGAGGACAAAACAGUUAUGGCCAUGGGCAUCUUGCACACAAUUGACACUAUCCUGACAGUUGUGGAAGAUCACAAGGAGAUAACUCAACAGCUUGAGAGCAUUUGUUUACAGAUCAUUGGCCUCGUUUUGCAGAAACAUGUUAUAGAGUUUUAUGAAGAAAUUCUCUCCUUGGCCUACAGCUUGACAUGCCAGAUGAUUUCACCUCAAAUGUGGCAGCUUUUAGGUGUUCUGUAUGAGGUUUUCCAGCAGGAUUGCUUUGAGUACUUUGCAGAUAUGAUGCCCCUGUUGCAUAAUUAUGUGACCAUUGACACUGAUACUUUACUUUCUAACCCAAAGCAUUUAGAAAUCAUUUAUGCUAUGUGUAAAAAGGUAUUAACAGGAGAUGCAGGAGAAGAUGCAGAGUGCCAUGCAGCCAAACUCCUAGAAGUAAUUGUUCUUCAAUGCAAAGGACGGGGUAUUGACCAGUGUAUUCCACUCUUUGUGGAGGCUGUUCUGGAGCGGUUAACUAGAGGAGUUAAAACAAGCGAGCUUCGUACCAUGUGUCUUCAGGUUGCCAUAGCUGCGCUCUACUACAAUCCUGACCUACUUCUGCACACCUUGGAGAACAUCAGAUUUCCACACAAUCCUGAGCCCAUCACUGCACAGUUCAUAAACCAGUGGAUGAAUGACACAGACUGUUUUCUUGGACUCCAUGACAGAAAGAUGUGUAUAAUAGGACUGAGCAUCCUAAUGGAAUUACAGAACCGACCACCUGCAGUGGAUGCUGUGGCUGCCCAGAUUGUCCCUUCAAUCCUCCUGCUCUUCCUGGGCUUAAAACAAGUUUGCGCCUCACGAGAACUCACAGAACAUGAGGAUCAUGCUAAAGAUGAAAAACACGUUGCAGAAGAUAAUGAGGAGAUACCGAGUGAUGAGGAGGAGACAAACGAAGUGAGCCAGGCAAUGCAAGAGAACCAUGGUGGAGGAGGAGGUGGAGAGGAGGAGGAUGAAGAUGAUGACGAUGAUGACUGGGAUGAAGAUGCCUUGGAGGAGACUGCUCUUGAAGGGUUCAGCACACCUCUUGACCUUGAAAAUGGUGUUGAUGAAUACCAGUUUUUUACUCAAGCACUUUUAGCGGUGCAGAGCCGAGAUGCAGCCUGGUACCACUCGCUGACAGCACCACUGAGUGAGGAUCAGAAGAAACAGCUGCAGGAAAUAUAUACAUUAGCAGAACACCGGCGAAAUGCUGCAGAGACUAAGACAAUAGAACAACAAAGUGGCUACGCGUUUGACAACAAAGGACUGAUCACAGCAUUUAACUUUGCUGGAAGUACUCCUGGUGGCAACUGAAGGAUCAGCUACAAAGGUCAAUGGGAAGGGUCUCAUCACUACAUUUUCUUGAAAUCAUCGCGAGUUCUGAGUGAUAGGGGAGGGUAAUUUAAUGCUGCUGAAGGUUUCCUGGAAAAAUAGCAGUGUGCUUCCCCCACCAGAAUGCUCUUUCUAACCAGCUACUGUAAUGUACAAAUUCUUGUGGUGUGUCUAUAAUUUGGUGGACUGAAAGGAAACAUUUGUCCUCAAGGAACCUGAACGACUGGGAGGGGCCAGGCUGCAUCUAAUUGAGUUGCACUUCUCAGGUUUUUGCUGUGCAGAAUUGAUAGAUUCAUAUGGAUAACAGUGCCUUCUGUUGUACAUGAAUUGCCUGAAGAAAUGGAUUUUGGAGUGCAUUAUAAUUUUUUUAAGUGUAAGGACAUUUCUUGAUACACUGUAAGCCUCGGUUCCAUGUUUUCCAGUCACUUGCUUUUUACUGCUCGGUUUGAUUGUUCGUUGGUUGAGUACACAUUGCUGGAUUCAGAAUAUUAUCUCAUCUUCCCUACUUGGUGCAGACCAAACGUGUAGAGGGAGGUGUCUGUUGGAGUUGCAAAGCAUACACUGGUAACGGCAAAGGGUCUCAACAAUACUGCAGAUUUUCCCUUGAUGCAGUAGUCUUAAAUUAUUUCUCUUAGCAAUGAAAUCGACUCACUUGAGUUAGGAUGGCACACAUGGCAGGUGGCUCCCCUAAAUCUGUAUUGAUGUUACCUCCUGCCUGGAUAAGUGGUGUGGCCCUCGCAUGUAGAUGUUCUACAUGACAAUUUUUAAUUUCCACUGUUUUUGCUGAAUAUUGAAUUUUACUUGGGAUUCUAGAAACCUCUUUUCUGUUUUUAUUCAUUCAUUACCAUUCCAGUGGUAGUACUGAAUAAUGUGGUACAAAAUAUUUACAGUAUUUUAUUUACCUUGAUAGAAGUAAAACAGCUUCUAACUUAUUUCUUCUUACUCUUACACUUCUGUGGUUGAGUUUCUGGUCUGCAUUCCAUUUGGCUGUUCUUGUGUCAUGCUGAGAUUUCAUUAUCUGCCAGAUUUUUCCUAAAUUUCAAAGACUGGUUUCUUAUAAAUUGGAACACAUACAAUAAGGUGUUUGUGAAUAUGGUCAUUUAGUGAGAACCUGAUAGCAGCACUAAUUUGGAUAGGUACCCCUCCUUUAGAUCUAUUGGGAUCGCAGUGGUUUAGUCAAAAUAAGUAGGGGUGCUUUAGAGUGUGAAGUUUGGAUUAGAGAUAAGAUGUUGAGACCAGAUUUUGUCUCUAGGUGUUAAUUUCUUUGUGACUUAAAAAUAGUUACCAAGCAAUUUUAAGGGCAUACUGACAAUGUAUGUCUUUAGAGCAGUGCCCCAGCUGAAAAGUCAAAGUCUUUCCCAUACCCCAUUAAAUUUUCAAUGACUGACAUGAAGUACAGAUUGCUGGCCCUGCACUGUGCUGAUACUUUUUUUUUUAAAUAUGUCAGUGUGAUUAGAAUUCAGUCUGAUAAAUCUGAAGCUCUCUGCACCUUGGCUUCUGGAAAAGGCCAAAGCAUCUUUGCCCGUUCCUUGUUCCAUCCCCUGGAAUUUUCUCAGCCUGGCAGCUGUGGGGCAGAAGGUUCUCCACUGCUUUUCUUUUACCUGCACCUUUGUGUCAGACUCUCUCUGUUGCUGCUUUUUUGUGUUUGUUUUUCUUCCCUUCUGCUGCAAAGUAAAGUUGGCCUGGAUUGUGUAGGUUUUUCACUGCUGGUACUCACUUAAUAGCAACCAUGAAAAUUUCUCACUUUUAGGUCUUUUGUUUGUGUAGAAAACUAUGAGCAUUCCAGGGUCUGCAUUUCCAAAAGUGAACAAUACGUUGAGCUGCCUUGGACAGGCUCUGUAAGCUCAAGCAGCAGAGGGCCGGGACAUCCUUUAUAUUGAAUGCCAGGCCAUGAAAAUCGUAGGUCGCUUUUGCUAAUUUAGGCCUGGGGUUGUAUUGACUGAGAAGGCAGGAAAGUAGUACAUCCAGUUUGUUGGUGAGUUUCUCAGAAACCAUAGAAGUUUUGAAAUUGUUCACAGAUCUAAUAAAUGUUUUUCUAGAAGUUAAGGAUAUGGCCAACUUCUCUCUUACCUGAUAAUUGAAGUAUUAGGCAGGUAAACUGUUUAAGCCUGCUAUUAUUUUAUUUUAAAAAUAUAUAUUGUGGAUGGGUUUCUUUCACAGCCCAUUUUCGCUCUCUACACUCAUGCAGAGUGGAAGAGGGGCUUAUUUGUGUUUUGUGCUAAUGAGGUUGUUCACACAGUCACAAGCUAAUAUUCAGGAGUUGAUGCGUUCAAGGAGAACUCUGCUUUUGCAUAGGAUCAUCUUUGUGUCACUCAGCUGAACUAUGGCUGCUCCCUAGUUCUGCUUCUUGUAUACUUCUCAGAUCAACUGCCAAGAAAAUUUCAUCCAGAUGUUUCUUACAAGGGGUUUAAUAAGCAGCAUGGAGUUGGGAAUCUUUGUUGUCUGUUUUGCAGCAGGGGUCAGAGAUGUCUGAGGGGAUGGCAUGGAAAAAGGUUAAAUGCCCUUCCCUUCCCAGGAGAUUCAUGAGCAAAUGUUUCUACUGGCAAAAGCCAAUGUUAAUUAUUUUAUUCCUUUUUUUGAAAAGGGAUCUCAUCCAAAAAGAUUUAUUGGGCUCUAGCCUCCACUUUAACAUAUGGUUCUCUUUUAACAUGAUAAAUAUCCGUUUGUACAUGAUCAUAAAUAGGUAAUGGAUUUUAGGGAUUUCUUUAUGAGUUGUGUCCAGCUUUGUACUACAUUAAAGGGAGAGUAACACAAAUGUGCAUUACUGUCUCACUUUGAAGCCAAGGUAAUCAUGGAAUAUCAGAUAACAGCACUGGCCAACCAAGCAUGAUGUAUUUGCUGUUGGAAGUACAGAGAAUCGUGAAUGUGUUGUAAAAUAAAACAGAGGCUGAUAACCGAUGACCUAUGUUGCCCCAUGCCCGUGUUCCCAAAGUGUGAAGGUGACUUGUAUGGGCACCGUGGGGGCUUUACAUAGGAAAUUAGGAUUACAUAUUAUAAUCAUAGCAAACGUUCUAUGAUAAGCUGCCUUUUUCAGCUAAAAUUAACUGGUCUUUGGUAUUGAAUUGCAUAUGCUGUUUUGUCACUCUUAAAAGGAAAACAAGAAUCACCACAUGUUUUGGCUGCUUCUUUUUGCUCUCUGUCUUUCAAAGUUAAAGUACUUGGUUUGCUUUCAUCACAAAGCAAAAUCUUUAAUCAAAAUGUUGAGCUUCAGAAAGUGCAGAAUAUCAAGCUAAAGAAAAAGCUAAAAAAAAAAAACCCAACAACCCCCCCUACCCCAAACCCACAUGUGCACACGGAUUGAAAUAAAUUUGCUUUGGGAGUGUAAGUAAAAACAUGGAAAGAAUGUUACACAUAAUGAUAUUGCAAGAUUCUGUGCUUUUGGGAGAAAGGCUGCCUGCGGGGUGUCAGGGAGACAUAAAAGGGGCUGCUGUAGGACAUGCCCUUUUCUUGUGAAGCCCAGGCAGUUUGUGGCUCUGGAUUCCAUCAGACAUUGUAGUGGAGAGAAGGUUGGGCAGUAGAGGAUUUUUUUUUUUUUUUGGACUAUAAAGCAAGAGUCUGUCUUGAGACUUUCAUGAGCCAAGGGAACUGAAGACAUGAACUAUUGACUGUCUUUUGUUUCCAGAAUACUUUUCAGCCUUUUUUGAUUCCCUCCUUUCCAUCCCUUUGCCAACUACUAAGCUAAAAGGUGUGUCAAGGGGUACUCAAAAUAUCUGAAAAGGUAAAGCUUAAACAAAAUUCUUUAAAAUCCUGUUGUUCUUGAAACAGUGCAGCCUAUCCAUUGCAUUUUUAUCAAUAGAACAACAUCUUUAGUUUGACUUAUGCAGAUGAUACAGACCUGCAAAAACACCACCUGUGUGCCUGUGGUUUGAGAGGAGCCAGUGAUUUACUCCUUAACGUGGGUACUUUGAAAUCCCCACACCUUGUACUGAAAUCUGCUUAAAGGACAGGCAAAAAUGCACUAUGUAAUGGAGUACCCACUCCCAGUUCUGAAAUACACCCUGGUCAGUCUUCUGAUAGUGUUUGACAGUUUGGUGGUCAGACCCUCAAGGAUCUCCGCCUCUGAUUGAGGACAUUCAAGUCGAAGAGACUCUGUGUCUUUGCAGGUGGACACAGAAUCAUGUUUCCCUCAUCGUGGCAGGAAUGGCUCAUGCGUACAGGUAUACCUGAUACAGCAGGUAUAGCUAAUGACUUCUUGUCGUUAUGACUGAAAAUAGCACUCUUUCCUCUUGGAUGUCAAAUCUUACCCCAAACAGAUGGGGUACAGUAGAGAUGGAUCUUCCCAAUGUGUUAAAGGAAGCCAGACGUUAUUCUAGAUAUCAGAAAAUUGUAGCAUAAAGCCAUAUCGUAAAGAGGAUAUACAAACAGGCCAAGCCGCUUGCUUUUGACACCUCUUCCACUACUAUUACAGCCAAACAAAACCAGUGUGAACCAAAAGAGAACUAGAGCAGUGCUUGUGCACUAGAUGGGUAGAAACUUCCUUGGCCUGUGUAUCUGAUCCCAAUACUCACUGCAAAUGCACUUGGAUACCUUUAAAAUAGGAUAUACAACAUCUGAAUGGAUAUCAGUACCCUGAAUCUGAUGGUAGUUAAUGAGAGAUAAAGACAUAGUAUGAUUUUCUCUGGCAGAGAGCAGAUGCAAAACUCUGGCAACCUCUUGCCCUGUCUGAUGUGUAGUCACCAACGUGAGGCACGAGGUGGGAUAACAGCCUUUCCUAAAGAGUGUCAUCAUACCCCCUACCAAAGUGCUGCCUGAAGUGCUCCAUGUCCAGGGAGCUCACUGAUGAACCUCUCCUCAACUAAAGAGUUUUGGGGAACAGCAGCUCAAAAAGAAUCUGCAGGCAUAUGUAAGUGCGACGAGUUGGGAAAGCAUCCAUGUAAAUUGAUGUGGUAUGUUUGAUAUGAUCUCAGAUCUGCAGCUUUCCUGAUUUUUGCCUGGAUCUUGUAGAGGAUUGUCCAAGAACUUCGUCCCGUUCCUUCCUCCAGGAAAAGAAUGAGCCUGACUUCUUGAGCAACCCCAGAUUUGGUGCAGUGCUUUGAACUUGGGAUCAGAAGAAGAUUAUGUAUAAGCAGGUUAUUUUUAGAAAACAGAAGAACUAUGGCAAUAUGAGACAAUAAAUAUUUAUACAAAAUGCAUGAGGCAAAGAAAUGAGUAUAAGAUAAUAUAAGUGAGACUGUUCUUUGAUCACACCUGUAAUGGUUCUUUUCAUUGCCAAACAAUGUGUGAAAAUUGCUUUUGAUUGCAUGUGUUGUUAGUAGUAUGCUUGAUGUAAAUCACCUGAAAUGUUUUGGGGCUCAAAAAGAGACCAAAGAGGCCAUGCAGAUUUCUUUUGGUAUUAAAAGCAGUGCCUAGAGAGAGACCACUAUGUGCUACAUUAGCAGAUUGAAUUGCAGGAUCAUCACCUUUGUAAGAAGCCUGGAAUACUAAACUGUGGGUUGGAUUUGAGGGCAAGAAUUGACAAAUGCAAAACAUGCAUCGAUGACAAGAAGAACCUCUUCCUAGCUUAAAGAAUUCUGUGCAGUGUUCUCUUAAGCUGUGCUGAAUUUGCUUUAAAAAUAGUAAUAAAUCUUACUGCUUAGGUCGAA